AUGGGGCCGGGGGCCCGGGGCCGCCGCCGCCGCCGUCGCCCGACGUCGCCGCCGCCGCCACCGCCGCCCGUGCGGGCGCUGCCCCUGCUGCUGCUGCUAGCGGGGCCGGGGGCUGCAGCCCCCCCCUGCCUGGACGGAAGCCCGUGUGCAAAUGGAGGCCGUUGCACCCAGCUGCCCUCCCGGGAGGCUGCCUGCCUGUGCCCCCCAGGCUGGGUGGGUGAGCGGUGCCAGCUGGAAGACCCCUGCCACUCGGGCCCCUGUGCCGGCCGCGGCGUCUGCCAGAGCUCGGUGGUGGCCGGCACCGCCCGGUUCUCCUGCCGCUGCCCCCGUGGCUUCCGAGGCCCGGACUGCUCCCUGCCGGACCCCUGCCUCAGCAGCCCUUGUGCCCACGGCGCCCGCUGCUCAGUGGGGGCGGACGGCCGCUUCGCCUGCUCCUGCCCGCCCGGCUACCAGGGCCGCAGCUGCCGCAGCGACCUGGACGAGUGCCGGGUGGGCGGGCCCUGCCGCCACGGGGGCACCUGCCUCAACACGCCCGGCUCCUUCCGCUGCCAGUGCCCGGCCGGCUACGCGGGGCCGCUGUGCGAGAGCCCCGCCGUGCCCUGCGCUCCUUCUCCCUGCCGAAACGGGGGCACCUGCAGGCAGAGCGGCGACCUCACCUAUGACUGCGCCUGUCUUCCCGGGUUCGAGGGCCAGAACUGCGAGGUGAACGUGGACGACUGUCCAGGGCACCGAUGUCAUGGGGGGACGUGCGUGGACGGCGUCAACACCUACAACUGCCAGUGUCCUCCGGAGUGGACAGGCCAAUUCUGCACGGAGGACGUGGACGAGUGUCAGCUGCAGCCCAAUGCCUGCCACAACGGAGGCACCUGCUUCAACACGCUGGGCGGCCACAGCUGCGUGUGUGUCAACGGCUGGACAGGCGAGAGCUGCAGUCAGAAUAUCGAUGACUGUGCCACGGCCGUGUGCUUCCACGGGGCCACCUGCCAUGACCGCGUGGCCUCCUUCUACUGUGCCUGCCCCAUGGGCAAGACCGGCCUUCUGUGUCACCUGGACGACGCUUGCGUGAGCAACCCCUGUCACGAGGACGCCAUCUGCGACACGAACCCGGUGAACGGCCGGGCCAUCUGCACCUGUCCACCCGGCUUCACAGGCGGGGCGUGUGACCAGGACGUGGACGAGUGCUCCAUCGGCGCCAACCCGUGCGAGCACCUGGGCCGCUGUGUGAACACGCAGGGCUCCUUCCUGUGCCAGUGCGGCCGCGGCUACACCGGCCCGCGCUGUGAGACCGACGUCAACGAGUGUCUGUCGGGGCCCUGCCGCAACCAAGCCACGUGUCUGGACCGCAUAGGCCAGUUCACCUGCAUCUGCAUGGCAGGCUUCACGGGAACCUAUUGCGAGGUGGACAUCGACGAGUGUCAGAGCAGCCCGUGCGUCAACGGCGGCGCCUGCAAGGACCGCGUCAAUGGCUUCAGCUGCACCUGCCCCUCGGGCUUCAGCGGGUCCAUGUGCCAGCUGGACGUGGACGAAUGCGCCAGCACGCCCUGCCGGAACGGCGCCAAGUGCGUGGACCAGCCGGAUGGCUACGAGUGCCGCUGCGCGGAGGGCUUUGAGGGCGCGCUGUGCGAGCGCAACGUGGACGACUGCUCUCCGGACCCAUGCCACCACGGUCGCUGCGUGGACGGCAUCGCCAGCUUCUCGUGUGCCUGUGCCCCAGGCUACACGGGCACGCGCUGCGAGAGCCAGGUGGAUGAGUGCCGCAGCCAGCCCUGCCGCCACGGGGGCAAAUGCCUGGACCUGGUGGACAAAUACCUUUGCCGCUGUCCUUCCGGCACCACAGGUGUGAACUGCGAGGUGAACAUCGAUGACUGCGCCAGUAACCCCUGCACCUUUGGGGUGUGCCGGGACGGCAUCGACCGCUAUGACUGUGUCUGCCAGCCCGGCUUCACAGGGCCGCUCUGCAACGUGGAGGUCAAUGAGUGUUCGUCCAGCCCGUGCGGCGACGGAGGCUCCUGCGUGGACGGAGAAAACGGCUUCCGCUGCCUCUGCCCGCCCGGCUCCCUGCCCCCGCUCUGCCUGCCCCCGAGCCACCCCUGUGCCCGCGAGCCCUGCAGCCACGGCGUCUGCCACGACGCGCCCGGCGGGUUCCGCUGCGUGUGCGAGCCUGGCUGGAGCGGCCCCCGCUGCAGCCAGGGCCUGGCCCGAGACGCCUGCCAGUCCCAGCCCUGCCGCGCCGGCGGCACCUGCACCAGCGAUGGGAUGGGCUUCCGCUGCGCCUGUCCCCCUGGCGUCCAGGGACGUCAGUGUGAGCUGCUGUCCUCGUGUACCCCGAACCCCUGUGAGCAUGGGGGCCACUGUGAGUCCGCCCCCGGGCAGCUGGCGGUCUGCUCCUGCCCCCCGGGCUGGCAAGGCCCACGAUGCCAGCAGGACGUGGACGAGUGUGCCGGCCCCUCACCCUGUGGCUCCCAUGGUACCUGUACCAACCUGGCGGGGAGCUUCAGCUGUACCUGCCGUGGGGGAUACACCGGCCCUUUCUGCGACCAGGACAUCGACGACUGUGACCCCAACCCCUGCCUGAACGGCGGCUCGUGUCAGGACGGCGUGGGCUCCUUCUCGUGCUCCUGCCUCCCUGGUUUCGCUGGCCCACGCUGCGCCCGCGACGUGGACGAGUGUCUUAGCAGCCCCUGCGGCCCGGGCACGUGCACCGACCACGUGGCCUCCUUCGCCUGCACCUGCCCGCCGGGCUACGGUGGCUUCCACUGCGAGCGGGACCUGCCGGACUGCAGCCCCAGCUCCUGCUUCAACGGCGGGACCUGCGUGGACGGCGUGAACGCGUUCAGCUGCCUGUGCCGCCCCGGCUACACCGGCGCCCACUGCCAGUACGAGGCCGACCCCUGCCUGUCGCGGCCCUGCCUGCACGGGGGCGUCUGCAGCGCCGCCCACCCUGGCUUCCGCUGCGCCUGCCCCGAGGGCUUCGCGGGCGCCCAGUGCCAGACGCUGGUGGACUGGUGCCGCAGCGCGACCUGCCAGAACGGCGGUCACUGCGUGCAGACCGGCGCCUACUGCCUUUGCCCUCCGGGAUGGAGCGGCCGCCUCUGCGAUGUCCGGCGCCUGCCCUGCAGGGAGGCCGCAGCCCAAAUCGGGGUGCGGCCGGACCAGCUGUGUCAGGCGGGCGGGCAGUGCGUGGACCAGGACAGCUCCCACUACUGCGCGUGCCCAGAGGGCCGCACCGGCAGCCGCUGUGAGCAGGAGGUGGACCCCUGCCUGGCCCAGCCCUGCCGGCACGGGGGCACCUGCCGUGGCUACAUGGGGGGCUACGUGUGCGAGUGUCCGGCUGGCUACACGGGGGAUGACUGUGAGGAGGAUGUGGACGAGUGUGCCUCCCAGCCCUGCCAGCACGGCGGCUCCUGCAUUGACCUCGUGGCUCGAUAUCUCUGCUCCUGCCCCCCUGGGACGCUGGGCGUGCUCUGUGAGAUCAAUGAGGAUGACUGUGGCCCAGGCCCAGCCCUGGACUCCGGCCCCCGGUGUCUACACAACGGCACCUGCGUGGACCUGGUGGGCGGCUUCCGCUGCACUUGUCCCCCCGGAUACACCGGUUUGCGCUGCGAGGCAGACAUCAAUGAGUGUCGCGCAGGUGCCUGCCACGCGGCACACACCCGGGACUGCCUGCAGGACCCAGGUGGGGGUUUCCGCUGCCUCUGCCGUGCUGGCUUCACAGGUCCCCGCUGUCAGGCCGCCCUGUCUCCCUGCGAGUCCCAACCAUGCCAGCACGGAGGCCAGUGCCGUCCCAGCCCAGGCCCUGGGGGUGGGCUGACCUUUGCCUGCCACUGUGUCCAGCCGUUCUGGGGUCCGCGCUGCGAGCGGGUGGCGCGCUCCUGCCGGGAGCUGCAGUGCCCGGCGGGCGUCCCCUGCCAGCAGACGGCCCGCGGGCCGCGCUGCGCCUGCCCCCCAGGGUCGCCCGCGCCCUCCUGCCGUGGCGCCCGCGGGUCGCCGCCGGGGGUGGCCAACGGCCAGGCUGGCGCCGCCCCCUGCCUCCACGGGGGCACCUGCCGCCCCGCGCCGCUCGCGCCCUUCUUGCCGUGUGCGUGCGCGCCGGGUGUGGGCCGGCCGCGGCUGCGAGCGCCCGCGCGGCGGCCCGAGGUCCGAGAGCCGCGGGUGCCCCGCGGCCGCCUGCCAGCACAGCGCGGCGACCGGCGCUGCGACCGCGAGUGCAACAGCCCGGGCUGCGGCUGGGACGGCGGCGACUGCUCGCUGAGCGUGGGCGACCCCUGGCGGCAGUGCGAGGCGCUGCAGUGCUGGCGCCUCUUCAACAACAGCCGCUGCGACCCGGCCUGCAGCUCGCCCGCCUGCCUCUACGACAACUUCGACUGCCGCGCCGGCGGCCGCGAGCGCGCCUGCAACCCGGUGUACGAGAAGUACUGCGCCGACCACUUCGCCGACGGCCGCUGCGACCAGGGCUGCAACACGGAGGAGUGCGGCUGGGACGGGCUGGACUGCGCGGGCGCCGUGCCCGCGCUGCUGGCGCGCGGCGUGCUGGUGCUCACCGUGCUGCUGCCGCCCGAGGAGCUGCUGCGCUCCGGCGCCGACUUCCUGCAGCGGCUCAGCGCCAUCCUGCGCACCUCGCUGCGCUUCCGCCUGGACGCGCGCGGCCAGGCCAUGGUCUUCCCUUACCACCGGCCCAGCCCCGACUCCGAGCCGCGGAGCCGGCGCGAGCUGGCCCCGGAGGUGAUCGGCUCUGUGGUGAUGCUGGAGAUUGACAACCGGCUCUGCCUGCAGUCCCCCGAGAAUGACCACUGCUUCCCCGACGCCCAAAGCGCGGCCGACUACCUGGGCGCGCUGUCGGCAGUGGAGCGCCUGGACUUCCCGUACCCGCUGCGCGACGUGCGAGGGGAGCCGCUGGAGCCCCCGGAGCCCAGCGUGCCGCUGCUGCCGCUGCUGGCCGCAGGUGCCGUCUUCCUGCUGGUCAUCCUGGUCCUGGGCGUCAUGGUGGCCCGGCGCAAGCGCGAGCACAGCACCCUCUGGUUCCCCGAGGGCUUCGCGCUGCACAAGGACGUGGCCGCGGGCCACAAGGGCCGGCGGGAGCCCGUGGGCCAAGAUGCGCUGGGCAUGAAGAGCAUGGCCAAAGGCGAGAGUCUGAUGGGGGAGGUGGCCGCAGACUGGAUGGACUCGGAGUGCCCAGAGGCCAAGCGACUGAAGGUGGAGGAGCCUGGCGUGGGGGCCGAGGAGGCUGUGGAUUACCGCCAGUGGACUCAACACCACCUGGUUGCCGCCGACAUCCGUGUGGCCCCGGCCAUGGCGCCGACACCGCCUCAGGGGGACGCAGAUGCCGACGGCAUGGAUGUCAACGUGCGAGGGCCAGACGGCUUCACCCCGCUAAUGCUGGCUUCCUUCUGCGGCAGGGGCCUGCCACGCGGCCGAGGAGGGAGGGCGGUGACGCCUCAGCCGAUCAUUGGCAUGAUUGCCAGGCGCCAGCUCGGAUUCUUCCGGAAACCGCUCUACAGCCUGGAGCCGCAUGGCGACGGGUCACGGGCGCUGAUCUGGCGGCCCGCUGGCCGGUGGAGGGCAAUGGUGGGAGAGCUCAUCGCAGCACGCCGCGUCAACGCGUGGCGGCUGGGGAAAUCAGCCUUACACUGGGCCGCAGCUGUGAACAAUGUGGAGGCCACGUUGGCCCUGCUCAAAAACGGAGCCAACAAGGACAUGCAGGACAGCAAGGAGGAGACCCCGCUGUUCCUGGCCGCCCGCGAGGGCAGCUACGAGGCCGCCAAGCUGCUCCUGGACCACUUCGCCAACCGCGAGAUCACCGACCACCUGGACAGGCUGCCUCGGGACGUGGCGCAGGAGCGGCUGCACCAGGACAUCGUGCGCUUGCUGGACCAGCCCAGCGGGCCCCGCAGCCCCCCGGGCCCCCACGGCCUGGGGCCCCUGCUCUGCCCGCCGGGGGCCUUCCUCCCGGGCUUCAAGGCGGCACAGUCGGGCGCCAAGAAGAGCCGGAGGCCCCCCGGGAAGGCGGGGCUGGGGCCGCAGGGCACCCGGGGCCGCGGCAAGAAGCUGACUCUGGCCUGCCCGGGCCCCCUGGCCGAUAGCUCGGUCACGCUGUCGCCCGUGGACUCGCUGGAUUCCCCGCGGCCCUUCGGCGGGCCCCCCGCGUCCCCCGGCGGCUUCCCCCUCGAGGGCCCCUACGCGGCCACCGCGGUGUCCCUGGCGCAGCUGGGCGGCGCGGGCCGGGCGGGUCUGGGGCGCCAGCCCCCCGGGGGCUGCGUGCUCAGCCUGGGCCUGCUGAACCCCGUGGCCGUCCCCCUCGACUGGGCCCGCCUGCCCCCGCCCGCCCCGCCGGGCCCCUCGUUCCUGCUGCCGCUGGCCCCCGGACCGCAGCUGCUCAACGCCGGGGCCCCCGUCUCCCCCCAGGAGCGGCCGCCGCCCUACCUGGCAGCCCCGGGACACGGCGAGGAGUACCCGGCCGCCGGGGCUCGCGGCAGCCCCCCCAAGGCCCGCUUCCUGCGCGUCCCCAGCGAGCACCCUUACCUGACCCCGUCCCCCGAGUCCCCCGAGCACUGGGCCAGCCCGUCGCCCCCCUCCCUCUCGGACUGGUCCGACUCCACGCCCAGCCCGGCCACGGCCACCGCGGCCACGGCCACCGCCGCCGGGGCGCUGCCCGCCCAGCCCUUGCCUGUCCCCAGCGCGCUCGCUCAGGCCCAGACCCAGCUGGGGCCCCAGCCGGAAGUCACCCCCAAGAGGCAGGUGUUGGCCUGAGACACACCUGCGCUCCUGGAUCUUGGGGGGCUGAAGAGACAUCCCAUCCUGAUUCUUCCCCCUCUCUCCUUCCCUUUGAGUCUUCCCAUUCUCUUCCUGCACUCUCUCCACCAGUCCUCCUGCACCUUUGCCCUGCGGUGUGACCCAGACAGGUCCCCAGCCCAGGGCUUCAGUCUUCCUUUAUUUAUGAAUGGGUGGGAACCCCCUCUUGCCUUCCCCCCAGAAUUCUCUCUUCCCUCCUUCCUUUCCUGCCCCUCCUGGCCUCUCAUUUGCUCACACUCUGAAAUGAGUGAAUUAUUAUUAUUUUCUUUCCUUUUUUUUUUUUUUUACACGUUUUGUAUAGAAACAAAUUCAUUUAAGCAAACAUUAUUAUUAUUAUUUUUUACAAAAUAUAUAUAUGGAGAUGCUCCCUCCCCCCCUCCGAAUCCCCCAGGGCCCCUGUGGGGCUGAGUCUGUGGGCCCAUUAGGCCAAGCUGGAUUCUGUGUACCGAGUACACAGGCAUGACUGGGAUCCCGUGUACCAAGUACACGACCCGGGUAUGUACCAAGUAGGCACCCUUGGGCGCACGCUCCGGGGCCAGGGAUCCGGGGGAAAGUUGGGAGCCUCCUCCCCACCCCUCCUCCCUCACUUCACUGCAUUCCAGAUGGGACUUGUUUUGUAGCCUUCAAGGGGAAGGGCCCUUCUGGCCUGAGAACCCACCUGCAGCUCCAACCACCCCCAAAGCCUGGGCCGCCUCCCUUCGGGAACUGCGGGGUGGCUGGUGGGAAAUGAGGGCCGGGGGAGGUGUGUGUAUUCCACUUUGUCUCCAUGUAAAUAUGGGACUUCGGGAAAAGAGAGGAGCUGCCCAGGUGGCACCUCUCCCUGGUACUCCCCUGGCCCGGCCUCAUGGCAGAAUAGAAGUAUUUUUAGGCUAUUUUUGUAAUAUGGCUUCUGGUCACAAUCCCUGUGUAGCUGAAUUCCCAGGUCCUGCGUUGUACAGUCCCCACCCCCCUCACCACCUAAUAAAGGAAUAGUUAACACC